UUUGCGGCGUGUCUGCGCGGCGGCUGCUCUAGUUCUCCAGUGUGCGCCCGGAGCCGCGAGCGGAGUGAGAGGAGGCGGCGCUGUGCAUGCUGGGCUGAGAUUAUGGUGGGGCUUUGCAAUAGGAAGCGAGGCAGGAAGGACUUGAACUAGCGUGUGGCGGCGGCAGGCAGACCCGCAUAAGGCAGGAGACUGUGGGGUGCGCGCUUGGGGGGCUGGGAGCACGGAGUAGACCCCAGAGUCCUGUCGGCAGAAGCGGAACGGGUCUGCCGGGAAAGGCGCCAGUGCCGGGGGCGAAAGGUCUCUUGGAACCGAUUUCGCCUCCCUCCUCUUCCCCUUUACGGAUUUGACUGAGGAGGGGAAGGGGAUUCCAACCCCCCCUUUUUUUUCUUUCCUUUUUGCAAGAAGAGCCUUGAUUUCCCUCCCCUCCGUUUUGGGGAGCCGGCAAAGAAGAAGAAGAAGAAGAAGGAGCAGAUCUCGCUGCCGUCGGCGGCAGCAGCAGCAGCCUCCGCCUCCCGCUUGCCCAUUGCUGGGAGAUGGUGACAUAUGAAGCGCGCUGGAAGGACCAUGGUUGAGAGGAACAGCAAGCUCCUGCUGAUCGUGGCGGGCUCGGUGUGCUUCAUGCUCAUCCUGUACCAGUAUGUGGGGCCGGGGCUGAGCCUGGGCGCGCCGAGCGGCCGCUCGUACCAGGACGAGCUGGACCUCUUCCCCACGCCGGAUCCGCACUACGUGAAGAAGUACUACUUCCCCGUGCGGGAGCUGGAGCGCCAGCUGGCCUUCGACAUGAAGGGCGACGACGUGAUCGUCUUCCUGCACAUCCAGAAGACGGGCGGCACCACCUUCGGCCGCCACCUGGUGCAGAACGUGCGCCUCGAGGUGCCCUGCGACUGCCGGCCCGGCCAGAAGAAGUGCACCUGCUACCGGCCCAACCGCAGGGAGACCUGGCUCUUCUCGCGCUUCUCCACCGGCUGGAGUUGCGGGCUGCACGCCGACUGGACCGAGCUCACCAACUGCGUGCCCGGCGUGCUGGACAAGCGGGAGAGCGCCGCCGCCAAGCCGCCCAGGAAAUUUUAUUACAUCACUCUGUUGAGAGAUCCUGUGUCCCGUUACCUCAGUGAAUGGAGACAUGUGCAGCGAGGUGCUACCUGGAAAACAUCCCUGCACAUGUGUGACGGUCGGACACCAACCCCUGAAGAGCUACCAUCAUGCUAUGAAGGCACAGACUGGUCAGGCUGUACCCUUCAGGAGUUCAUGGACUGCCCAUAUAACUUAGCCAACAACCGUCAAGUGAGGAUGUUGGCUGAUCUGAGUUUGGUGGGCUGCUAUAAUAUGUCCUUCAUACCAGAAAACAAGCGAGCACAGAUACUGUUGGAGAGUGCCAAGAAGAAUCUUAAAGACAUGGCCUUUUUUGGCUUGACAGAGUUCCAGAGAAAAACACAGUACUUAUUUGAGAGAACUUUCAAUCUGAAAUUCAUCAGGCCGUUCAUGCAGUACAACAGCACAAGGGCAGGUGGAGUGGAGGUGGACAACAAUACCAUACGAAGGAUUGAGGAGCUUAAUGACUUGGACAUGCAGCUAUAUGACUAUGCAAAGGACCUCUUCCAACAACGAUACCAGUACAAGCGGCAGCUGGAGAGGAUGGAGCAGAGGAUAAAGAAUCGGGAAGAGAGGCUUCUUCACCGGUCUAAUGAGGCGCUUCCCAAGGAAGAGACGGAGGAACAAGGACGCUUACCUACAGAGGACUACAUGAGCCAUAUUAUAGAAAAGUGGUAA